AUGCCCCCCUCAGCAUCCUUCGACGUAAUCGGCACCUGCUUCUCCUUCACCGCCCCCAUUCACACAAUCCACUCCCGUCUAGGCCCCAAACUCACCACCGCCGCCGUGGACCCCAAAACGCUCUUCUUCGCAUGGUUCUACGCGGCGCAGCGCGACUUCACCUACGUCUCCAUGGCCGGCUCCUACGUGCCCAUCGCGACUAUUUUAAAAUCGACAUUCCGGCGCGCAUGCCGCAUCGUCGACCUGCCCGCCGACGCCGUCACUGACGAAGAUGUUGAUGCGGUGAUGAAGGCGUUUAAAGGCAUGGGGCCGCGAGAGGGCUUGAAGGGGUGUUUUGAUGGAUUGAGGGAAGCUGGGUGGGAUGUUUAUGGUGUGACGAAUGGGGGGAGCGAAACUUCGCUUGCUUACUAUCACAACGCGAAUAUCGACCUCGAUUCCGAGCACUUAUUAUCUUGCGACGCGAUUAAAAUUGCGAAGCCGGAUGUUAGGGUUUAUGAGACUGCGAAUAAGCAUUUGACGGCGAGGGGGCUGGGAGAUGGGGAGAGGUGGUUUGUGGCGGCGCAUGCGUGGGAUUUGAUUGCGGCGAGGAAGGCGGGGUUCAAGACGGCGUAUCUGGACUUUGAGGAACAUGAUCCGGUGACGGAGGUUUUUGGGGAGUUUGAUUUAUAUGCGGGGAGUAUGGAGGAACUGUUGGAGAAGCUGAAGGCGGCGGUGAAGGCAUGAUGAGGCUGCUUGAAAUAGAGGUUUUUUUUUCC